UUUAAUCUUGCGUGAUUGAAACAUUAGGUUAAAGUGCAGCCAUCACGAGGCUAAUGGCUUGGAGUCACGCAACUCUCGGCUGUUUUGGGGCAAAGGUAGUGCAAUCAAUUUACCCAACUCAAUCGCAUAAGCCUACUCGAUGCUGCUGCCACUGUGUUUGAGCCUGCUUUUGGUGGCCACUGUGGUGCGUUUUGUGUGGCAUGGUCGACACUGGCGACGCCUGGGAUUGGAAGGACCCUUUGGCUGGCCACUGGUUGGCAAUAUGCUGAACUUUGCCCUGGCAAGGCAAUCGUAUGGAGAGGUUUACGAGUGGAUAUACAGGACAAAUCCCGGCCUGAAAUACGUGGGCUUCUAUCGCCUGUUCAAUGAACCCGCCCUUCUGGUCAGGGAUCAGGAUUUGCUGCGCCAGAUCCUGGUGGGCACUAACUUUGCCGACUGUGCAGACAAUGUUGCUUAUGUGGACCAUCGACGUGAUGUCCUGGCUAGCCAUAAUCCAUUCAUAGCCAGUGGCGACCGGUGGCGCAUCUUUCGCGCCGACCUGGUGCCCCUCUUUACGCCCCUUCGAGUGCGUCAGAUGCUGCCCCAUGUGGACUCAGCCUGCCGGUUGCUCCGGGAUCAAGUGAGUGUGGGAUGCUUUGAGGCCAAAGAGCUGUCCACUCGCUACACGCUGCAGGUGAUUGCCUCCGUGGUCUUUGGCUUGGAUGCCCAUUGCCUGGGUGGCCAGCAAAAGUCGGAGCAACCCAGUCGCUGGCUGGAGUGGCUGGCCCCACUUUUCCAGCCAAAUGGCUGGAGUUUGCUGGAAACCAUUGCCUUACUGCACUCACCCCGGUUGGGUAGGCUCAUAGGCCAUCGAUACGUACCCCUUAGCCUACAGCAUUGGUUCAGGGAAUUGGUGGCAGCCAGAAGUACAAGCGGUAACAACCUGCUUCAGUGGCUGGCGGAGAGCAAGAGGAGUUUGGCACAGGACGAGCUGGCCGGACAGGCCACCACGCUUCUGCUGGAGGGCUAUGAGACCUCGGCCAUGCUCCUGGCCUUCACCCUUUACGAACUGGCCAUUAAUCAGGAUGUACAAGGACAUCUGCACUUGGAAUUGGAUGGGGUGGGCCAAGGCCACGACCGAGAUUUGCUGGGACAAUCGGCCCUGGGCGAACUUCGCUAUACUGAAGCGGCCCUCCUGGAGGCACUGCGUCUUCAUCCGGCCAUGCAGGCCUUGCAGAAGCGCUGCACCAAAUCAUUUACCCUGCCUCCGCAGAAAUCUGGUUGCAGUGGCCAACUCAAGGUGGAUUUGGGUACCGUUCUGGUUCUGCCCGUUCAAGCUAUUCAUCUAGAUCCUGAAUUGUAUCCCGAACCCAGGCAGUUUCGUCCAGAGCGAUUCUUUAACCAGGCACCAACAGGCUGCCGAUUCCUGGGCUUUGGCGCUGGAGCUCGGAUGUGUCCGGGCAUGCGACUGGGACUGCUCCAGACUAAGGCUGCCCUGGCUACACUCCUGCAGGACCACUGCGUCCAUCUGGCGGACCAGGAUCAGGCUAGGAUGGAGGUGUCUCCGCUCACAUUCCUCACCGCCAGCAAGCGAGGCAUUUGGUUGCGCUUAGAAAGGAGGGCACACCAAUAGGGAGCAUCGUUUAAUCCGAGAAAUUGAACAAGUUCUUGGCUCCAAUUCACCAAUAGAUCUGGUUUUUUUUUUUUUUAGAUAAGCCCUCAUAAAUGUCUAGUGCU